AUGAAUGACCGACGAAGAAUCAAUGGCCCGCCAGGAGGUACCCGGCCAGCGGUCUUUGCAUCGCACCUUGAAUCAAGCAGCGCGGCUGAUCGAGCCCGCCGCGAGCGCCAACCAACCGAGCUCCGGAAAAUCUUCCUGAAGACGGGUCUAAUCCCUUCCGCCUCUGGCUCGUCAUAUCUCGAAUUUCAACCCUCUGCUUCUCUUGCCGCCGCACGCGAAACCCCCAAAUCAUUGAUCCCGCCUUCCUCAGCUUUGAAACUUGCCUGCACAGUCCAUGGCCCGAAACCAUUGCCUAGAUCUGCGGCUUUCUCCCCGAAUCUUGUUCUUACCACACAUGUCAAGUACGCACCUUUUGCGGCCCGCAAAAGAAAGGGACAUAUUCGCGAUGCAAGCGAGCGGGAUCUCGGCGUCCACCUGGAAACUGCCUUGCGAGGAGCCAUCAUUGCCGAGCGCUGGCCCAAAUCUGGCAUUGAUUUGACCAUUACUAUCUUGGAGGCUGAGGAUGAUAGGUGGUGGGCAGAUGCUCCGGACUCGCACGAUGCUUCGUGGGGUAUGAUGAAUGUUCUGGCUGGCUGUAUUACUGCUGCAUCGGCUGCCAUUGCCGAUGCCCAUAUUGACUGCUUGGACCUCGUCGCUGGUGGUGUCGCUGCACUGGUUUCAGAUGACUCUGGUGAUUCUUCGACUACAUCCCCCCGGCUUAUGCUGGAUACUGAUCCGGCCGAGCAUCGCUCCAUCAUGUCUGCUUGUGUUGUGGCUUAUAUGCCUGCUCGUGAUGAAAUUACCGAGCUUUGGCUUAAGGGAGACAGUUCCAAGGCGGCUUUGGGAGAUGGCGAUGCGAGAAGUGCCCAUGAAGCCUUAAUAGAUGGCGCUGUGGAUGCCGCGAGGGGGGCAUACUCUGUCCUUGGUGAUGCUCUUCGGGAAUCUGUUUUGCAGACCAUCCAGUCUUAA